GAAAAAACAUUGCAAAAAAAAAUAGGAUUUUCUCCCGCGAGUACUCACGCGAAGUCCUUGUCAGUUUGAAAGCCAUUCCUUUAGUUGACAUUCGGUUUUACAUUAGCAAAGAGUAACUUAUAAAAUUUUGCGGACAUUCCUUCUUUUUCAAUAUAUAGUAUAUUAUUGGCUGUCGAUGUCGAUACAUAUUCGUUUAAAUAAAUACCUUAUUAAACGCUAAGCCUGAUCCCUCGACAACAAAUAAUAAAUAAUAGCAUUUUUAUCAAUUGUUUUAUUUAAAAGAAGAUUUCGUGCCGGUGACCUAACUUCAUCUUCCAAAAAGAACAUUCAUACCUAUGCCAAAAUAAGAAAUUUUGGAAAAUAAAUUACUAUAGCCAAAAUUGUCACUUUUUUUUGUCACAUAGAAUCUUAGGACAUUUUUCCCAAGAAGUAAAUUUAUUUUCUACACGCCCCUAAAACGAAAAAAACACACCCGCAGCGUGUGUGCAUAAAUUACGACACAAGGUCCUUUAUUUUAUAUGUUAUUGUUGUUGUGUCUCAGCCAUGUCAAAUUGUGAACUCUGGAGUGCUUUCAUACAUUAGUGAUUUUAAUCUGUGAAAAUUUGUUCAUAAUAGAAGCAAAAUAAAAAAAUAUAUAUAUACGAGUAUAAAAUAAAAGACUAGUUUAUAGGCGUAUUCAAAGGAUACAAAUAAGAAGACAAAUAAAAACAACGAAUAUACAUAAAUAUUAAGAAUAAUUUUUAUUAAAAAUAAAAGAAAGAGGCGAAGGUUAACUUGCUGCCGCAGGAAACAAUUUAAGUUCAAAGGAAUUUGUGCCUAUGCCAAUUGAGUGCCUUAUCUCCUUCGACCACAAUCCCCAAGGUGUUUACUAUUCUGGUCAGGAGCUGUCCGGUGUUGUCGAACUCAAUGUCGAUACAACAAAAAGGAUCAAAGCAAUUCAUAUUACUGUUAGUGGAUAUGCCAAAGUUCGUUGGAUAAAAAAGGGUUAUCCGCGCGACAGCGAACGAGCUGCAUGUCGUGCGUAUAAAUCAUAUCUAUCAUCGAGAUCUUAUGUCUUGGGUAGCUGUUCAAAUAGUUCAAUUAUUGAUUGGCUAGCCGGCGAAUAUACAUAUGCGUUUCAUGUCAUACUGCCAAAUAAUUUGCCAACCUCAUUCGAUGGGAAAUAUGGGCAAAUACACUAUGAAAUUGUAACUACAAUUGAUCGGCCAGGACGGUAUCCGAAAGUUUACAAAUUGCCGUUCACCGUUAUACAUCCAAUAGAUUUAAAUUCGGAUCCAAUUUAUAGAGUUCCCCUUGAAAUCCUCGAUCGCAAACGCUUUUGGAGUUUUUGCUGUCCAACUGGGCCAUUAACUGUGAAAUUUUCAACGCCAUACUGUGGCUACGCACCUGGCCAAAAGAUAAAUUUCGUACUCUAUAUAAAUAAUGAAUCGUCAAUUGAUAUAACCGAAUGUGAUGUCAAACUAAAGCAAGAGGUACGCUACGAAAGUCACAAUCCACAGCAUGAAUAUCGCUUGGAUAAGAAUCUUAUAGCUCGCAAAAAAUUCGGAAAUGUUCUUCGAUGGAGUCGUAAAGUGUAUCGUGGUAGUUUGGAAAUUCUCUCGAUACCACCAACUUCAUCGAAAUUUCCAUGUCCUAUAGUUGUUUCGUAUUUUAUAAAAAUUAUAGUUAAGCCAACGGAUUUUCAUUGGAAAAUCAAACUGAAAAUUCCAUUAACAAUUGGUAGUAUGCCAAUAAUGGAUGAUCAAACUUUGAGUCGUCAUCAGACCAAUGAGGAAAUUAUUCAACAACAACAACAGACUCCGUCGUUGAUUGUGACGGAUAGUGAUAAUCCACCAGAGUACGUUCCAAUGGUGCCUCCUUCCUAUGAGGAUGCCAUGGCACUAAGUGAACGCUUCUUUGAUGAUACUGAAUAUUUGCAUAAUGUCAGCAUGACUAACAUUACCACUGACAAUGGGGAAUCAUUCAAACCACGUUACCCAGUCUACUAUGAUUUUAUGACGCCAUUUAUUCCGCCCGGUAGUGAAGAAAGUUCUGAUAUUUUGUAUUUCAGUUAGAGAAAACUCAAGAAAACGUUAUUGAGGGAUCACCUUCGCAGCUGCGAUUAGCGCUCCAGGAUUCAUCUCCGACGAGUAGAAAUAGUAAAAAAGAUGUAAAUUGAACAAAACAUGAAAACAAAAUUAGAAAACGCUUAUAAGCUAAGAAACAUUCGAAAACAAAAUAAACUACUUAUAUAUAUAAUAUAAAUACUUUACAAGUACAAAGUGCCACUUACCUUUUCAAUCAACAAUUAUUAUUAUCUAAUAGUUUAAUUGUAUAAUGUACAACAUUUAUAAAAAUUGUCCUUCCUUUUCUUGUCCAUUUCAAUGCACAAUUUAUAUAUUAAAACUAAUUUAUAUGUAUUCUAGUUAAAUUAAAUUUAAAUUAAAAAAAAACAACAUAGUUACGAGUAUAUAUUUAAAAAUUAAACUAAACAAAACAAAAUUAGGUAAAGUAUUUUAAAAUUUUCCAAAUUUCGUACGUAUUUUAGAUUAGAAAAUCACAACAAAUUGAAAAAAAAAUGAAAAAUAUUUAAAAGAAAAUUUAAACUGCACUUUAAGCUAAAAAUUCAAUUAAAUGCAAUAUGAAUAUAUAUUUACCUCAGAGAAAGUUUUAAUAAAGUCAUAAAAAAACAUAAAUGACAUUAGAGUGUUGGUUUUCUUUUUCGAGGUUGGAUGGUUCCGUAAGCAGUGUUCAUUUCAUUACU